AUGGCCCCGUCAACGCAGAAAGCCGGCCAAAAGCGCAAAGUCGCCUUCGACCAGCCUCACCAAUCAUCGACAUCACGCAAGCGACAGAAACAUCAUGAUGCUCGAGCCAUCCCGGUGCAGCGACCCGAGGCGGUCGUCGCUGCAAGCGGGGAUCUUAAUGUGGCCUCUUUCAUCAAGGCCAGGGAGUUUGAGAUUGGGGCCCUAGAGAAGAGCAUGCGCAAGGCCAAAAAGCAAUUGGCCACACGAGCGUUUCAGCAGGUCCCUAGACAUAUGAGAAGGAGAACCGCCAGCCACAAUGCCAAAAGGGUGCCUCGAAGACUGCGAGGGAGGGCAGAGCGCGAGAUGAAAGACGACAAUACACCUACGGUGACGAAGCGAAGGCGAACUCCGUCGCGGAAAUUGAGACUGCGCUUGGAGACUGCCAAAUUGCUCAAGACGUUCAACCAAAAUCGCAAGACUGUGCGUCAGAGGAAGAAAGAGGUCCAGGCCAAUGCGAAGCAGCCCGAUCCAGAAAACCAUGUCCUGACCUCUCGUAUCCCGCGGUUGAAGAAGAACAAACUGGCCGAGCCUCCGAAGGCAACGACGAAAUACAAGAGGAGACAAGUCAACAAGACAUGGAUACCCACGCACCUUUGGCAUACUAAACGUGCGCAUAUGACUCGACCCACGGAGCCGUUGUGGAGAAUGUCAAUCCCAUUGAGCCCCACGGAGAAGAGUUACAGGUCAAGUCACUGGGCCGCUGCUACGCAGGGAUGCAUAGCGUGGGAUACCAGCUAUAUGUCUACAAUUGCUUGUUUGGGAACAGAAGCGGCGUUGGAUAGCAUGCUUAAGGCACUUGCAUUCAGCCCACAAGGACUCUCCCAUGCUAUUCAUAAAAAGUGGAAGGCUGGCACCCGAUUUGCUCACGGAUGGAUCUCAGAACGGGACAACGAAAAGCGUCCUAUUGCCCCGGUGACGGUGAUCUGGUUUCAACGGCAGCAGAGUGAGGCAUCGGGUCCGCAGGACGGCCAAGGCGAAGGCAAGAUGGACGUUGACGCAGGCGACCAGUCUCAGAUGGAGAUUGAGGAGGGCGAACAAGCUCAGUCCAAGUCUGCGCUUCCGAAGACCAAGAGGAAGACGACAAAGCGGAAGACCAAACUUGAUCACAAAAUCCUAAUUCGAGUCCAUCCAUCUGCAUUUUAUCAGUGCUGGCAGGAGCUGUUGAAAGUCGCCAAAAUGCAAAAACCGCAGGCUCUGAUUCAAGAUCUACGUUUUGAGAUCGGAAGCAUUGACGCCCAAGGGCCAGGCUCAACCGAGGCUUUGCUGGGUGUGCUUCGCCCUUUUCCAGCACCUGCUGAGGGUGCCGAUUCGAUGGGGUCGUUGUGGACGUCUCUUGCUGGACUCAAUAAUCCCAGCAUCCUCCCGCAGAAUGCCAUGCUAUCAUUUGAUAUUCUAGAUCCCAGACUCAAUCAUCCGCCCAAACGGAUUAAGAUCCCCAGCAACUCCGAACGAACUUUCAUGGAUGAGAUUCUGGUUUCUUGGCCUCCCGACAACAGCUCAGAGUCCUCUGCUCUACUCUCACACAAAGCACGCUGGCGGAUCGGUCAGACACUGCCAUCGCAAAAGGCAAUCAAUCGACGAAGAGCACUUGCAUUACCGGGCCAUGCACCGGCUGUCACGGCCAAAGAUCCCCAAAUUCCAGUGAUUCUUCUUGCAUCCAGGGCGGAAAACAGUGCUUCUAAAAACUCCCAAGGGACGUGGACCGUUCUCCUUCCCUGGACGUGCGUCGACCCUGUGUGGCGGUCACUGAUGUUCUACCCUUUGUCAUCCGGCGGCACUCCGCGUUUUGGGGGUCUACAUCAGAAACAGCAGCUGGCAUUUGAGCAAAAGGUCCCGUGGUUUCCAGGAGAUCUGCCGGGCACGGAGGCGGGUAAAGCCUGGGAGCGCACGGAAAGCGAAAAGAGAUUCGAUUCGUGGAUCAGACGACCUCCUAAAAGUAGAGUUGCCUGGGCCACAUUGGACUUAGGGCUAGGAAGACGUGGGGAAAUCGGGAGAGGUUGGUCUUGCGAUUGGGAGUAUUUGUUUGAAGACACCAAAGACCAAGCUCACACUGAAGCCGGGUCCAACUUGAAACCAGAUAAAAGCGCCUCUCCACAGACAGCCGCGGUCCCGCUUCUUCCGCAGCGACAGCGAAAAGCAGCCCGAACUCAAGCAGCCCGAGAGGCUGAGGACAAAGAUCCAGCGCGUCGACGUAAUACAUCCAGCCCGGAAAGUGAAGGAGAGCCCGAGAUUGUGCCAGAACUUGUGAAGGAAGUCAAAUAUACUCAACUUUCCCCCAGUCAGGGCCUAUCACUGUUUAGGCAGCCAUCAAGUGUCAGCCUUCCACCACUUCCUGUACUGGUCACGGUUCGCAUCACCUUGCUCGACAAAGGGACCCCAUCCCCGGCAGCGCGGAUAUACCGCCUCCCAUCAUUACCCAAACCCACACCAACACGUUGCCCUGCUGAAUCAGUGGCCACCGGGUCGGACAAAUCUCAGCAGACGCAGCCACAGAGCUGGAACUCUGACGGACCACCGCCUGGGCAACGUCCGCCCGCAGCAAGCAUGACAGAGCCCUCAACCUCGUCAACAACCACCACUUGCGACCUUCGCGCACGCUGGCUUGCUCUCGACAACCAUUCCGACGCCCAGGGCCACUCCGGCAAUUCACACUUCCCAAAAAUCAAGACCAACAAGUUCUCUAUCCCCCGUCAUCAAUUCAGCUACCCACGCGAAUCCCUUGCGAAGAUCAAUGUGCUGCCCAAAAAUGCGCCAAAAGAGAUUGUGGAGAAAUUUGGACCGGACAGCGCGUUCGGAAGAGGAGAUGGGGAGAUACCCAAGGAGAAGCCGCCACCUCCAAAAGAGAAGAGCAAAGGGAAGGCAAAGGGCCAAGAGAAGGGAAAAGAGAUGGCCGUUUGUCCGUUGGAGGAUGGCGAAGCACAGGCAAACCCUCUCGAUAAGGCUUCUGGCGACGUGGAAGACCUUACCUCUCUCCUAAUCAACCCGUUCGUCCAGCCGACGGAAUGGGAUAAACACAUCCCUUGUCCUGACGUGCAUGAUCUCAUCGGCUUCGUCACGAGUGGCGGUUACAACCUAGCUGCAGGUCGGGGCACGGCGGUGGGGAGCAUUUGGGGCCAGCGCGUGAUGGAGGGAUGGCAGGGAGAUGCAAUGCAGGACAACGGGUUAAGUGAGAAGCAGAGAGACAGACGACGAAGGCUAUGUGUCAUCCGUAACGCAGGAGAGAAUGUCGGACGGUUGGGCAUCUGGGAAGUUUGCAGCUGA